AUUAGCUCAGGGUAGGUACGCGUACAGCCACACAACUCUGAAAUUCGGGACAAGACACACUUCUUUUAUUUAUAAUUUUCAUUUUUCUAUAUCUCUGCCAAAACAAAAUAAAAAACGGUGUAGGAAAAGACAAAAACAAACAUAAAGAAAUUCCAUGCAGUUUUCGAUUUGAACUCACUCUCACACGCACGCACGGAUGCAUACACAGUGAUUUAGUUGAUCAAUGGGAAGGAAGCAUAAGCAUGUGCAUAUCGUAUUAUGCAUAAUAGGCAUAAGCUAAAACUAAUGAUUAAUUUUCCAUGAAGCAGAGAGUGAAAAAACCCAAAUGAAAAGAGCGAAACCAUACCUCAGGAGGAACAUGUCGUGGUCACCAACACUAGUAAUUACCUCCCUUCUUCUGAUUGCCUUAUUCGUUGCAGUAACAACAGCAGAAGCAGAAUCAGAACCGGCAUCAACCUCCGAUGCGAAUCUCCUCAUCCGCUUCAAGCAGUUCCACGUUUCCUCCGACCCCCGCGGCUUCCUCUCCGAUUGGCUCCCCGACGCGCCGUCCCCGUGCGCGUGGCGCGGCGUUACCUGCUCGCCCCAGCCACCCCGCGUCACCGCCAUCGACCUCUCCGGCGCCUCCCUCUCCGGCACCCUCCACCUCCCCACCCUCACAUCCCUCCCCUCGCUAAGCACCCUCGUCCUACGUGGCAACUCCUUCUCCGCUUUCAACCUCAGCGUUUCGCCGUUUUGCACGCUUCAAACACUCGACCUCUCUUUCAACAACUUCUCCGGCAAGUUUCCUUUCGCAAACCUAACUCCGUGUAACCGCCUCACUUACUUAAACCUCUCCAAUAAUCUCAUCACCGCUGGGCUCGGCCUUGGGCCUGACUCUGGGCUUUCCCUGGCCCAACUCGACUUGUCCAGAAACCUCGUCUCCGACGUGAGCCUUCUCGUGUCCUCUCUCGCGAGCUCCGCUCUCGUUUAUCUGAACUUCUCCAACAACAGACUCACGGGUCAACUCGGCGAGUCGCUCGUUUCGCGAAGCGCGAACCUCUCCACCUUGGACCUCUCCCACAAUCUUCUCUCUGGGGCGGUGCCGCCUCGGCUCGUGAAUGACGCCGUUCAGGUUCUCGAUUUCUCGUUCAACAACUUCUCGCGGCUGGAUUUCUCCUCGUGCGGUAGCCUAACGCGGUUGAGCUUCUCGCGCAAUGCGCUCUCCGGAGAAGAGUUUCCGCGCGGGUUGAGCAGCUGCAACAGGCUCGAGGUUCUGGAUCUUUCUCGCAAUGAGUUUGAAGCCGAGAUUCCCGGGGAGAUUCUUCGGAGUUUGAGGAGCUUGAAGUCUUUGUUUCUCGACCGCAACAAAUUCUUCGGCGAGAUUCCGAGCGAGCUCGGAAGCCUCUGCGGAAGUCUCGUGGAGCUUGAUCUCUCCGAGAACAUGCUUUCUGGUGCGUUGCCUUUGAGCUUCGUGAACUGUUCUUCCAUGCUGAGUUUGAACCUUGCGAGGAACUAUUUCUCUGGGAACUUCCUCGUGUCCGUGGUUAGCAACCUUCAGAGUCUUGAGUAUCUAAACGUGGCGUUUAAUAACAUAACGGGACAGGUUCCGUUUUCGCUUGUUAACCUGAAACGGCUUCGGGUGCUUGACUUGAGCUCGAACCGGUUAAACGGCAAUGUUCCGUCGUUCUUUUGCCCUUCCGAGCUGGAGAAGUUGAUCCUUGCGGGCAAUUACCUUUCCGGGACGGUGCCGUCACAGCUCGGUGAUUGUAAGAAUUUGAGAACCGUUGAUUUCAGCUUUAACAGCUUGAACGGUUCGAUUCCGUGGGAGGUUUGGGCUUUGCCUAACCUCUCUGAUUUGAUUAUGUGGGCGAAUAAUCUCACUGGGGAAAUCCCAGAAGGAAUUUGUGUUAAAGGAGGGAACUUGGAGAAUUUGAUUCUCAACAAUAACUUCAUUUCUGGGUCAAUUCCGAAGUCAAUUGCCAAUUGCACCAACAUGAUAUGGGUGUCGCUGGCGAGCAACCGGUUAACCGGAGCGAUACCUUCUGGGAUUGGGAAAUUGAACGUAUUGGCGAUUCUCCAGCUUGGGAACAACUCGCUGAGUGGGAGGAUUCCACCGGAGAUAGGCAAGUGUGGGAAGUUGAUAUGGUUAGAUUUGAAUAGCAAUAACCUAACUGGGAAUAUCCCGUUUGAGCUUGCUGAUCAAGCGGGACUGGUUAUCCCGGGCAAGGUUUCAGGGAAGCAGUUUGCGUUUGUGAGGAACGAGGGUGGGACUAGUUGCAGGGGUGCUGGUGGGUUGGUUGAGUUUGAGGAUAUCAGAACAGAGAGACUUGAAGGUUUUCCCAUGGUGCAUUCGUGCCCAUUGACGCGGAUUUACUCCGGUUGGACCGUGUAUACUUUUUCUUCCAAUGGGAGCAUGAUCUACCUUGACCUUUCCUACAACUUGCUGUCUGGGACUAUUCCUGGGAAUUUGGGUGGCAUGGCCUAUUUGCAGGUGUUGAAUAUGGGGCACAAUAGGCUGAGUGGGAACAUUCCAGAUAGUUUUGGUGGUUUGAAAGUAAUUGGGGUGCUUGAUCUGUCACAUAACAGUCUUAAUGGGUCCAUCCCUGGUUCAUUGCAGAGCCUUUCUUUUCUCAGUGACCUUGACGUCUCUAAUAAUAAUCUCACCGGGUCCAUUCCUUCUGGAGGUCAGUUGACUACUUUUCCAGCUUCUAGAUACGAGAACAACUCUGGCCUUUGCGGCCUGCCGCUGCCAUCGUGUAGUGCUUCGAAGAACCGCUCAGUGGGUGUUGUGGUUUGGAAGAAGAAGCAGCCUGUAGCAGCUGGGGUUGUCAUUGGUUUGCUUUGCUUCCUCUUGUUUGCGCUUGGGCUUGUGUUGGCUUUGUACAGGGUGAGGAAGGCUCAGAAGAAGGAGGAGAUUAGAGAAAAGUAUAUAGAGAGUCUUCCCACUUCGGGGAGCAGUAGUUGGAAGAUUUCCAGCUUUCCUGAGCCUCUGAGCAUCAAUGUUGCCACCUUUGAGAAGCCUCUGCGGAAGCUGACUUUCGCACAUCUUCUCGAGGCUACUAAUGGUUUCAGUGCUGAGAGUUUGAUCGGCUCUGGGGGAUUUGGUGAAGUGUACAAGGCUAAACUCAAAGAUGGCUGUGUUGUUGCCAUCAAGAAGCUCAUUCAUGUGACGGGUCAGGGAGAUAGGGAGUUCAUGGCUGAGAUGGAAACUAUUGGGAAGAUUAAGCAUAGGAACCUGGUUCAGCUGCUGGGUUACUGUAAAGUUGGGGAGGAGAGGCUUCUUGUGUACGAGUUCAUGAAAUGGGGAAGUCUUGAGGCUGUUUUACAUGAAAGGGCAAAAGGAGGAGGUUCAAAUCUUGAUUGGGGUGCAAGAAAGAAGAUUGCCAUAGGGUCAGCAAGAGGUCUUGCAUUUCUUCAUCAUAGUUGCAUUCCUCACAUUAUACACAGGGACAUGAAGUCCAGCAACAUUCUUCUUGAUGAAGAUUUUGAGGCUAGAGUUUCUGAUUUUGGCAUGGCAAGAUUGGUCAAUGCCCUCGAUACUCAUUUAACUGUCAGCACACUUGCCGGAACACCGGGUUAUGUACCCCCUGAGUACUACCAGAGUUUCCGAUGUACAGCUAAAGGGGAUGUCUAUAGUUAUGGUGUCAUACUGCUUGAGCUUCUAUCAGGUAGAAGGCCAAUCGACUCUUCCGAGUUUGGUGAUGACAACAAUCUUGUUGGUUGGUCUAAGAAGCUUUACAAAGAGAAGAGAAUUAAUGAAAUACUUGAUCCUGAUUUAAUUGUGCAAUCAUCUAGUGAAAGUGAACUAUUUCAGUAUUUGAGAAUUGCCUUUGAGUGUCUAGAUGAGAGGCCCUACCGUCGGCCGACCAUGAUACAAGUGAUGGCCAUGUUCAAAGAGCUUCAGGUUGACACAGAUAAUGAUACGCUUGAUAGCUUCUCUCUGAGAGACAGUUUCAUUGAUGAAGCAUGAAAAUAGGAUAUUUACUGUGAGACUCAAAGCCUUUUGACGGUUGAGGAGGAAAUAGAAAGUUUUUCAACAUUUGGAGUGUUGCUGGACAGAAUUGACAAUUCUGGUGACACUUAUCUGUCCUACCUGAAAUUGGAGGAGGGUUAUUGCACUUUCUUUUCUGUAUAUAAGACAUACAAUGAAACCAAGAGAUCGAAGGCAAUCAUGGAAGGAUGAGACUUGAGGUUAUAAGCAGAGUUUUGUAUGUUACUUUUGAGCUGAUCAAGUGUUCAGUCACUUGAAAUUGGUAGAUAUAUACACUUUUUUCCUAUGAACUUCUGUUACUCCAUCAUCAUCACCCACACUUGCUGACGGUCUUGUUUGUCAUUUCCAUUGGGUUCUGAUAUCACCACAGUUUUGCUCAUUGUGUUUUGGUUCGUAUUGCAAGUGACAAUUUUUAUUUUUUCUAGAAAUCUAGAAUAUGUUGUAAAUAUAAAUGAAAUGUGCUACAUUGGGUAUGCUUUUCCU